UGCUUGUAAUCGUUCCGUUGCAUUCGUUUCGUUUUUCAAUCCUCUACUACGUUGUUUUGUUUUGUCAAGUUCCACACAAGAUUCAUUAUUUGGCAAGUUGAUGAAGGUUGAAAACCCUUGGCAAGAGAGGCACUAUUCAAGCUUCCAAGUCAGGCAAGCCAUAGAGCACUCAGCUCUGAACAUAAGGACAAGCUCUACCGAACAAGUCAUUUUUUCAAAGACGUUGUAUGGUCAAAAUUGCAAGCUGCAGAAGCGAAUAGUGAAGAUGCCCCUAUCGUAACCAAGCUUAUCUGGGAGUGGUUCAUGCACGAAGUGCCCACUACAACCCCGCUUAUUAUGCGUACACAAGUCCGUGUUCAGCACUGCUCGGAUGAUUGCUGACAACCCUAGGCUUUGGUUUCUUCGGGUAAGGUUGCAGAGCGCUGCUCGGAUGAGGGAGUGGUCAUACAACCCCUCUUUUCCGAUGUUUAUUUGUUGGGCUGUUGUCAGAGUUGUAGUGUAUGGGACUCAAUGUACGAGUACGAUCUAUAUUUUUUAUCAUAUCCAAUUUUCUUAUUUCUUGGUUCUCAUGUCUGCAUGACGACGAAGUCAAAUGUCUCAAGGAUAGAGUAUCUCGAACUUCAGUUUGAAGUAC